ACGAAAUCAAAAAUAAUAUGGAAUAUCAAUAUCUGAACAUAAUUAUUGAAAGUAAGGACAAACUGAUUGAGGAACUACAGGAUAAGAUAAAAAUACUGAAGAAUUAUAAUUAUGUCUUAGAAAAAAUCGGAGAUAAUCAAGGAAAUUUUUCUGGUGAAAAUUCACCUAGUAUGGUGCCAUCUACGAGAUCUCCUACCGACUCUCAUAAAUCUGUGCAGAAGUCAUUGUUACCGUCUCUUGUGUGUGGAAAUGUAAAAAAUUCAGAUGAAUCUGUGCAUUCAGCCAAACAGGUGAAUCAAGAAAUGAACAAGGAUAGCAGCGAAAUUUCCGUCUCUUUAUCUGAAGAUAGAAUAAAAAUUAAAAAUAUGAAGUUUGGUAGUUCAAAUGAAUCAACGUCAACAAAUAAACAAGGAAAUACUGCCGUCAAACUUAGACAGAUGUCAAAGAAUGUCGUGAAUCAACAAAUACAAACAAACAAACCUGUUGUCAAUUCGAAGACAUCAAAGAAUAAAAAUAAUAAAUGGUCCAUUAUGGGAAAGGCAACAGAUAGCAAUAUAAAGGCUAUUCCUAAAAAAGUAUCUCUUUUUGUUUCAAGGAUCAAUACUCAAACAACAUCAUUGGAUUUCAUAAGCAUGGUGAAGCAGAAUUUUGAGGAGGCUGUAUGUACCCAGUUGCAAUCUAAACAUCCUGAAUACUAUCAUUCCUAUAAAGUCUCCAUUAAUGCAGAAAAUCUAGAAAAAGCCAAAUCAUGUGAUAUCUGGCCGAGUGAUGCUUAUGUGUCGAUGUUUUUCCACAGGAAAACCACACGAAAGGAACAAACAUGACCAACAAUAAAACUAAAGAUGAUACACACACCUUCCAAGUGUUACAUUUGAAUAUUCAGGGACUGAGUCCCCAUAAGAGCACUGGCUGCCAUUGGGGGUUGCAGACACAUACUGCUCAAGUGGUUGGCACGUAGCUUCCAAUUUCUCAAGAACAAGAAAUAAACGUGGAGGUACGAUGAUUUUAAGUAGAAACCAUGAAUACGAAGUCCUAGGAAAAAUAGUGGAGUUAUCAGUAGAAGUUGAUUGUGAAGUAGCUGCUAUAAAGAAACAGGGGUUAACCCUGAUAUCAGUUUAUCGUUCACCUGUA